AACCUCUUCCCCCAUGCAGAGCUCGUGGUUAGAACCCCUCGACGACGCCGUAGACUUGGAGUACCAGCGCAUGCUUAUCCCCUCUCUACCUGGCGUGCACCAAGACCCUGUCGGAUCCAACUCUUGCCCUGAUCCCUUCUUUUCACAUGCUUCGUCUUCUGACUGCGGCGAGGUGAUAUCACAAGGGCUGUAUCGCACGCCGUCAUCGCGUAUCCAAGCAUCCGUCGACUUUGCCGACCCACACUCAACCGACUCCUGCCUGCUAGAUAUCCAGCAUCCCAUGGUAACUUCAAGCCAAGGGCACAGCAGAGUGGAUUACAGCGGAACAGAGGAAGGAGGAGGAGCAGGGUCCUCAAGCCAGUCUUGCCAUCCUGCCAUGUGUCACGCAAUCUCAAUCGACGUUCAAGCAAAGCCCAAGAAGCCACGGCGAACCCCGUCAUCUCCUAAGAGGCCCUGGACCCCGGAGGAGGAGGAGCGCUUCCUGGCGGCGAUGGACAGGUUCUACAAGCCCAAGGAGGACGAGGGCGGGGUAGGGCUUGGGCAGGGGGUUGCGGAGGUGAUAGCUUUCAUCGUUGGGACGAGGACGGCAGCGCAGGUGCGGUCGCACGCGCAGAAGUACUUCUUGAGGAAGAGGAGGGAUAGGAAGCAGGGAACUACCGGGGCAUCUUGAUGGGUUGUACAAGUGCGUGCAGAAACUUGAAA